AUGGGCUUGUUUUUUAGGGGCCUUUGCCUAUCUAGAGCUUCUCAAUCUGUCUGGGGCAAACCGCUUAGCGCUCGGAGCUGUCGGUGUGCUUCUUUGAAUUCUGCCAUUUCCAACGGCAUUCGCAAAGACCGUUCUGUCGCCGGCCGCAAUCCAAAGCCUUGGGACAAACAAAUAUCUAAUGCCGAGAGCCGCCCGCACAGCCGUGAGCUUGAGUAUAGCGGCCGGCAAGGACCCCGUUCGCAACAAGGCCGAGAACGCGGACUGAGGAGAGAUUCCCAUAACCGUGAUUUUGACAUUGGCCGGCAAGGAACCGGUUCGCAACCAGGCCGAGGAUACGGGCGAAGGGACUUCCAUAAUCGUGAACUUGGAUAUAGCGGCCAACGAGAAACCAAUUUUCGACAGGGCCAGGAUCGCAGACCAAGGGACGAUUUUCAUAGACCUGAGCUUGACUAUGGUAGGGAGGCUCGUCCACGACAGGGCCAGGGAGGCAGUGACCUUCAUAACCGUGUAUCUGAAAUCAGCGGCGAACGAGAAACUCGCACAAAAAGUUGGUGGAAAUAUUCUUCAAAUGGGCGAGCUCCAAUAAAGCGAAAGAAGGGAAAGAAAAUUAAGCCAACAAUCGACAGCCCCGUAUCUUUAGUCUCCAAAGUAUCACUUGUCUGCCCUCGAUCCGUUCCACACACCAAUGCCGUCUCCGAGUUCAUAUAUGGCUAUUCUGCGGUUCGUGCAGCUGUUCUUGCUUCGCGUCGCAAAAUCUAUGCUUUGUAUAUCUACGAUGCCGACCCAAGCUCAACAAAAUGGGCCCAACCAGAGGUCAAUGCUCUUCAAAAACACGCAACUGUUGCAGGUGCGACCGUAAAGCUUGUCUCUGGUACCUGGUUGAAAAUGAUGAACAGGAUGAGCGAUGAUCGACCCCAUAACGGAUAUGUUGCCGAAGUAUCUCCACUACCGAAACUUCCCGCGACAAGCCUCAAAGCGGUGACCACAUUACCGGCUACCCAUUUUACUGUUAAUGUGGCAUCACAGCCUAAAGAAGAAGCGGAUAUCAAUGGCUCUGAUGGCCACAUUCCACUUAUGUCACAACGAAACACUGAUCACAUCUCUCAGCAAACUCCUCGGUACCCUUUUAUCCUCCUCCUUGACGGGAUUCUCGACCCCGGAAAUCUGGGCGCUAUAAUUCGAAGCGCGUACUUCUUCGGCGCCGACGCUAUCGCAUUCUCCUCCCGGAACUCAGCACCGUUAUCCGCGGUGACUAUCAAAGCGUCGGCCGGUGCCGCCGAAAACAUGCCUCUAAUCUCCAUUCACGACCCAGCUACAUUUAUAGACACGUCGCGCGGCAAUGGCUGGCGUUUCUUUGCCGCAGAACCGCCCGCCUCUACGUUUGAUGAUAGUCAGGCACAGGUUGAUACCAUGCUGACCAAAACUCCUAUUCUCUCACCACAUAAUCUAUCGGCGGAACCUCGCAAAUCCCCUUGUGUACUAAUGCUCGGGAGUGAAGGAUACGGCUUAAGCAAGUAUCUGAAGCGGAAAGCCGAUGCGUUUGUGGCUAUCCCCGGUGCGCAGGCCGCUGGCUUAUCCGAUGACCCCGCAGGGGUCGAUAGUUUGAAUGUCAGCGUUGCGUCAGCCCUACUAUGCCAGGAAUUCUUGCGUGAACCGUCUCCAGGACAAAAUUAUCCGAGCCCAAUUAGACCUAAAAGUCCAACGGCAUCUGAAUCUGUGAAAGAAACAGAGGAAGACCGUGUCUUUUAG